AAAACAAAUUUCAAAGUUCAAAACGAAGACUGCUCAACAAUUACUAUGGACUAUCAGGAGUAUUUCUAUAAGCUGACCAUAUUCCAUUCUCGUCUGCAGACCGAUUAUGGACUGUUGAUAAAGGCAGCGACUUGCAUUGCCUUUGGCGCAGUUUGCGGCUGGAUUAUGGCUUUAUUGGCAUGGAUACUCUAUAAGAUAACCAUCUACUUGGAUGCAGUGCCGGUGGUGAAGUACAAUUAUCUGGAUGAUGAUUUGGAUUUGGAGUCAGAGACUGGCAAAUUAACUCAAGAAAAGCGCAAGCAACGCAAGAAGAAACACAAUCCUUUGGCAUAGCUGCGAGAUCUCUAACAUAAACAUAAAUACUCUUAUUGUUGUCGAACAAAACUUUAAUUAAAUUAAAUUGGAAUUUAAUUUUGCAUAGUAUA